AAUGGAGAUUAACGGAUUAGUUCAUCUUGUUUAUAAGCAUUAUUAAGAAUCAAAAGAAAUAGCUGCAUCAACAUUCAUAACUAUUCUGCUGAUUCUUCAUUUUACAAUUUAGAUUUACACUAGGCUUCAUUGUGCAGAAAGACAUAAUAUCACCGCAGUAAAACUAAUGUAGCAUAUGUCACAUUCUUCAGAAAUGAACUUUUUUGAUUUUCUGUUAUUAUGGACCAGGUGCCAUUUUUUGAUCCGGGUUUUAUUUCUGCACUUCUUGUAGUUUUGAUUUUAGGUAGCGCCUUUUAUUCAUUUUUAGGUUUGACUGUACAGAUUUGAUGAUUAUAAAAAUGUGAUUUUUACAAAACCUCAAAAUGUGACAUUAGUUCAUUUCUCCCUACUGUAAGCAUGACAGGCAGAAAAAAACAUCUAUGGGAGACAGUAUAAUAUCUAUUCUGCUGCUAUUCUCCACUAUUUUUAUUCUAUAUAGCCCAGUUAUCAAAGAUGCAGUAAUAUCAUAUUUUGAUUAGUGUCAAUAUCUGCAAUUCUGAUACUAAUGUUUUAAAGUUGGACACGAAGCAUAACAAUAUUGAAAAAAAAUCUGCAUCUUUUUUAUCCUAUAGAAUGAUACUUCAACAAUACCGGUACCCAUCAUUAUAUUAAGAACAAAACAACAAAAAUAAAUUCAAGAUUCUUCAAUGUGUUGUAAUCAAUCUAAUCAAGAAGUGAUAUUCAUUUUAUUUUUACUAUUGCGACACCUGAAAUAUAUGCAAUAGUAAAGCAAAAAACUGCUCAUUUAUGAUAGUACCUAUUGAGUAUCAAAUAGACAUCCUUCGAAAACAUGAGCAAGAAUGUCUCCUUUUUUAACAUGAAAGGAUCCCUAUAUGUAUACAUGGUCACAAAACUUAAAAACAUAAAAAGCCUAACUCAAUACUCCUCCUUCUACUUUGAGAUUUGAACUAAUUAAUUUUGAUUAUCUAAAUUUUCAGUAAAUUUUGCAAUGUUCAUAAAAGCUUGAAAUUACAAAAAAGAUGGUGAAAGCAGGAAACAGUAGAUUGCUGAGAUUAUUUUUCUGCACUUGUGGAAAGAUAUCAACUGCAGAAAAUGAAGAUGAUGUUCCGUAUACAAGAAAUGUGAAAGUUGACAAAGCUAUCGAGUAUAAAGUUAUUGAAGAUUUUUUCGGCAAUGAUGAACGAAGUGAAAAAGAUUCUUUGUCGAGUGAAACUAAUGAUUUGAGCCUUCCAAGUAAAGCUUCAGCUGAUUAUCUUGAAGAAGCUCUUGUCAUCAAACAAAAGAAAAGACCCCAAAGACCAAAUACCUUAAGAUGGAGCGUCAUUCCCCAUCCAGAACAAGUUCUUCACAAACAAGAUCUACAACAAAUUUUGUUGAAACUGGAUUUGCAAAGUCAGAAACUGGACAAAAUCUUACAGAAGAUUGAUGAUAUAGAUGAAUUAUCUUGCCAGCUUCAUUCCAAGGUGGAAAGUUUUAAAAUGUCAGUGCAAAAAGCAACAAACAGAGUAUCAAUGAUGGACAAUGAUGCAGGAUCAAAGAGAUCUUCUAAUACCCUCCCAUGCAUUCCCCCUUCUAUUUCGGAAUCUUGUGAAGCUAGUGAGCAUGAUGAAAUAUUUGGUUCAGUAGAAAACUCUGCACAAGUUGCGGAAAUUAUCAAAGACCAAUUCAAUGCUUUGAAACGAUGUGCUGUUGAACAUAACAACAACCAGACUGAGGACAUGGAAUUUUGUGAGGUUAUGUCAGCAAUGGAAACAGAUUUGAACAUGUUACCAGUAUACGCAUCAGAGAAAGAUCGGGAAUUAUUCCACUCGCGCAAAUUCCAGUGGCCCACGGACCCAAGUCCCAAAAAGCCUGAAAACCAUGAGAUGACUGAUUUUAAAAGGGCCUUCUCUCAUCAACCAGAUGUCGGUGGUCAUAUCGAGUCCUCAAUGUGAUCUUAUCUCAACAAUUUACCAGCAUGUACAAUGGACUUGCCCACUCUCUCAAUGGGCUGAUAGCAUUACCGUAAUGCAUAGCACAAACCAUGUACUGAUGUAUAUACAUGUGCCAUAUGUUUUUUAAAACCUCAUGCUCAGCAAUCUAUAAAUUAAAAACUUACGCAUUUAAUGCAACUAAACUCACUGUAAGAGUAUUUAUUUGACUGUGGAUAAGCAAUCCCAAUAAUCAAGAUAAACACACAGCUGUAUAUAUUGAGAUUAUUUAAUAACAAUCAUGACCUGUAUCAUAGAGCCUCGUCCCAAUCUUGUACUGGAGAAGAUGUAAUUGUCUCAAAUGAUUUCUACUUAAUAAGCUAACGAAAAUUAUCUGUACCUUUAUAAUAAUAUUUUACAUAUGUAGAUUGAUGUACCGUAUAGCCUAUAGUAUACAAAUGCAUAAGUGCAUAGAUAAUUUACACUACUUAUUAUAACUUGAAAAAUAUCACUAUUCACUUUUUUGAAGCUCCACUUACAAGUAUUACGGUAAGUGAGUAAAUUAUGGUGUGUAAUAGAAACAUGAGCAAGAAUGUGUGAUAGCUGUUACUGUGGAGUGGAUAGGACGCACUCCUGAUUUGUAGACAAGUUUUAGGCAAAAAAGUAAACGAUACAAUAAACUGAUAGAUGGAAAAAUCACCAUUAUUUAAAAUUCUAUAUGGAAAAUAUUCACAAGCUUGGAUAUUAUUCAACAGCAAUAUAACGUAAGUUACCCUAUUAUCACCACUUUUUAUUGCAAUCCAUCCGAAGACUACAAUACUCUAAGUAACAAUUUCUCUCUAUUGUCCCGGAACAUUAGCUACCAAUCGGAGAAAAAAAUGCCAACAGCAGCGAGUCAUGAAAUGAAUUUGCUAUAGCAACAACAUACAAAUAUAGCAGAAAUGUGGGUAUGGCGAUAAUAGGAACUACGAUUAUCCUAUUAUCGCCACUUAUGUCAAACUUUUUUUUUCAAAUGCUUUUCUCUUUAAAUACCUAAUCAAUUGCCCUGAAAUUUUCAACGAUUAAAGCGAUAAUAGGGUAACUUACGUUACAUAACAGAAUAUUCCAUCACAAAAUCACAUUUGUAUUCGAUUGUGUAAUAUCACAAUCUAGUACUAUGGAAGAAAAUUUCGUGCUUUUGUAACUAUUAAUAUUCUUAACUUUUUUAUAUACCGGUUGAAGUUAAUUAUAAAAUCCUGAAAUCUGUAUUAAUUCAGUAAUUUGUAAUAAAUCAAGCACACUUCACAAGAACGACUUUUGCAGUACCGGUAUUGUUAUUGAAAUCACAGGGUUAGCAGAAUACCAUGGCAUCAAUAUUCAAUAAUUUUUGAUGAAUGCAAACUAGAUCAUUCAUAAAAAAUUUAUAAUUAUCAUGCUGAGACAUGGCGGCAAUAAAUUUCACACAAUAGCGGUUAUGAAAGUGGCCACAUUUUAUGCCAGACUCUCUAUUGUUCCCAUAUCUUUGGUCCAGUGCAAACUAUGAUUACCAACUCAAUUUUAGACAAAGGUUUUCUACAUUUAUCUUUUACAAUUUUUUUCUCGUGUCGUGGCCCCAUCCAACGUUGGUUUCUGGCAAGUUUAUAUCCCGAAUAAAUCUUUAUGUGUUUCGUGUGACUUAGUGUAAAAACAUAUCAAUUUAGCGACCUAUACCCUAUCUCCAUCUUUUCACACCGGAACCUGGGAUA